AUGGUGUUGGCCGAGAGACUGAAAUUGGUAAUGCCUAGUAUCAUUGCUCCUUCCCAAAGUGCUUUCACAGAAGGAAGACAAAUUUUAGAUCCCAUUCUUAUUGCCAACGAAGCAGUAGAAGAUUAUCGUGUGAAAAAGAAAAAAGGGUGGAUCCUUAAGCUCGACAUGGAAAAGGCUUUCAACCGUGUUGACUGGGAUUUUUUAGAAAAGGUGUUAAGAAACAAGAACUUCAGCCAGAAAUUGAUAGAAUGGAUUAUGGGAUGUGUCAAAAACCCAAUGUUUUCAGUCUUCAUUGUAGACCAAGGGGGAGAGUGGCUGCUACAAGAGGCAUAA